UUCGACCCAACAUUGCAAAUCAUACACUCGUCGACUUCAAGAUAUUGUCAUUCCCAUGAGCAAGCAAGACCCAUCCGAAAUGGCUCUUCCAGGGAGGGCUGGGCGAGUCAUUCACUUUGCUACGUUCAACGUCACGUCUCAAGUCUUCCAUAUCACACCACUCUCCUUCGCGAUUGUCAAUCUCAAGCCCUUACUACCAGGCCACAUUCUGGUCUCGCCUCUACGCGUCAAACCCCAUCUCUCAGACCUGACAUCCGAAGAAAUAAGCGACCUCUUCAACACCGUGACUCGCAUACAGCACACGCUCAAGCGAAUCUACAAAGCCGAAGCGUUCAACAUUGCUGUGCAAGAUGGUGCGGCCGCGGGUCAGAGUGUACCACAUGUGCAUUGCCACGUGAUACCGAGAGUGAAAGGCGACCCUGGAGAGGGAGAUAAGGUGCACGAGUGGUUGGAGGGAGAAGAAGGCAAUGUUGGAGGACAUCAGAAAGAAGCCGAGCAGAGACAGGCUGGCGAGUGGGCGAAAGAUGAGGAGAGGAAGCCGCGGACGAAGGAAGAGAUGGAGAAGGAAGCGGUGUGGUUGAGAGAGGAGAUCGCAAGAGAUGAAGAGAGGGGCAUGUAUCGUGAUGAUAGGAUCGUCAAGGAAGGGCCGGGAAGUUUGAAGGGAGAACUGUAAGUUGUGCAGAAUGAUGAUGAAGCACAUACGAGCAUAAGACGACAAACGAGGACACACGCCGCAUACGAAUCCAAGCAUUGUUGCAGUCAAACUUCUGCACAUGAUCGCAUUCAACGUUAUUCCAGCUCCCGAGUAUGCGACCACAUCUACUGAAACGCCGUACAC